AUGCCCGUCUUUUCCUCAAAACUUCCUUCCAUUCCCCCAUACAAGGAGGGUAUUGUCCAAACACUCUUUCGUCAAAAGGACAGCAAUGACAACCUUGAUCUUCCUUGCUACAUUGAUGCUGUAACCAAUAAGUCGCUCACUUUCAAGGAGGUUCGAGACAUGUCUCUUGAAUUUGGUGCUGGUCUCCAAGAUGUAUUUGGAUUCCAAAAAGAUGACGUACUUGCUAUCUAUGCUCCCAACACGAUUGACUAUGCUGUGGUAUUGUUUGGCACCCUUGUUGCAGGCGGUGUGGCAAGCCCUGCCAAUCCCAAUUAUACCGUGGAUGAAUUGGCGCAUCAGCUUUUGGAAACACAAGCCAAGGUGGUUGUUGCGCACCCAUCGAAUCUCAAAAUUGCCAUUGCAGCUGCAAAGCAGGUACCAUCCGUGCGGCACUUUUUGGUGUUUGGGGAUCAAUCAGUCGGCGACGUGCAUCCAUAUAAUCGGGUACUUCUCGGGAAACGCAAGGCGGAGCCAAUGCCUCGAAAUGCAGAUGAUUUGGCUUACUUGUGCUUUUCUUCGGGAACCACAGGCAAGAGCAAAGGUGUUAUGACUUCCCAUGACAACAUCGUUGCCAAUAUCAAACAAUUCCUCCAAAUGGAAAGCAAGUACUAUACACCUCAAAAUCGCCAUCUUGGUGUCUUGCCAUGCUUCCAUAUGUUCGCCCUUAACUUGAUUCUCCAUGUACCUUUCUAUACUCGUACUCCAGUGUACUUGUUGCCACGCUUUGAUCUCGUCGGAUUUUGCAACACCAUUCAAAAGCAGAAAAUCACAUUCGCGUGCUGUGUACCACCUAUGUUGCUACUACUUGCCAAGUCACCCGAAGUACCCAAAUACGAUUUAAGCUCUCUUCUCAGUAUUGUUGUGGGUGCUGCACCAUUGGAUGCCGAUCUCACGCGUGCCGUUAUUCGUCGUUUGCCACAAAUACGUAUCAAGCAAGGAUACGGACUUACCGAAACGUCACCACUUACGUCGAUGCAGCCUGAUUAUCAAAUUGUGGAUGGUGCUACUGGUAUCUUGGCACCCGAUACACUUGCCAAGGUUGUCGAUGAGGAUGGCAACGAAAGGGGUAUUGGUGAACGAGGCGAACUUUGGAUUAAAGGCCGCCAGAUUAUGAAGGGCUAUAUCAACCGCCCUGAAGAAACCGCCCGAUCCAUUGAUGCUGAUGGCUAUUUCCACACCGGUGAUGUGGCUGUUAUUGACAAAGAUGGCAACAUUUUCAUUGUAGACCGCAUUAAGGAGCUUAUCAAAUACAAGGGCUUCCAAGUAGCACCUGCUGAAUUGGAAGCAUUGCUGCUUAAGAAUCCACUUGUGGCCGAUGCUGCUGUAAUUGGUGUAUAUGACGAAGAGCAGGCAACUGAAAUUCCUCGUGCUUAUGUGGUUGUUAAGCCUGGUGUGGAGCAAGAUGAUAAGACUGCCAAUGCUAUCAAGACCUUUAUUGCUGAACAGGUGAUCUCGUACAAGCAAAUCAAAUCCCUUGUGUUCCGUCCUGAAAUCCCAAAGAGCCCUACAGGCAAGAUUUUGCGAAAGAUCUUACGUGAAGAGGUCAAGCAAGAAGCAGCUGCCAAGGUCAAGGCCAAGCUCUAG